AUGCUGGAUUGCCGAAACACGUGUCGCCAGCAACUCCGUUUCGGGCACACGCUUCCACCAGACAUCAAUGAUGCCGCCCUCCGCACUGCUUUUGCAACUGAAGCGACAACGACCAGGGGUGAGGUGAGCCACAGCUUCCUGCCUGUGGCCAACGCCGUUACGGAGGCAGUACAGGGGACGGUGUCCAGUGUAUCCCGCGAGGUCGCGGCUGGCAAAGCCAUGUCGAGCCUCUGCUCGGAAGCGGCCGAUUCCCUUAGGAUCUAUGAUGGGGACCUUUGUGCCCCUGUUACCGACUCUGACCGGGUGCUCACUAGCUCGACCUUUAGCAGCUGCAGCCCCUCGCUCUUUGUCGAGGAGGCCAGGAUUCGAGGAGUGCGUGGUGCAGCCAUGGCACAGAGUCAUGCUGGGCACCCAGCAGGGGCUCAACAAAUGAUGGAGGAAAUAAUGCAACAGAGGCUUGCGACAAUUGCAGGUGCUGCCACCGCCCCCUCAAUGGUGACAGCCGAUUUGGAGAAGUCUACCGUUCAAGCUUCACCUGCCGUCUUUUGGCGGCCGCCCGCAGGCCAGCAGCAGAAGCAACAUUGUUGGGCCGACCCGACCACUGUUGUACGGCGGGUUUCUGCCAGGGAUGGUUGCGAAACUGUAGAGGGUGGCGCAAGCAGAGCCGAGCAGCAGGCGGCCAUAGACGAAGGAAAGCAACCGGAUGCGAAGGGUGAAGAAAAACGUGCAAAUGAGGAAAUGGUUAAACAGGUGCUAAACGCCGGUGAAAAAGGAGGCGAGGUGCGUGUUUUUGUGCGGGAUCACAUGCGCAACACCGUUAGCGUGGAGCGCCUUCACUCAUUUGCAGAGCUCGAAGGUAGGCUGCCACGGUGGCUGCUGCACGGCAUUCAUCAGUCGGGGUACGUCAGGCCUGCCCUUGUGCAGUCCGUGGCAAUUCCGCUUUUUAUGGAAGGGCGAGAUGUGGUUGGCAUUGCCCCAACCGGGAGCGGCAAGACGGUGGCGUUUGCACUGCCGGCCCUUGCCGCUCUCGCAGCAUUGCCGUCACCCAAUCACAACAGCUGGGGUGAGUGUCACAGUGGUGGCGGUGUGGAUGAAGCAGUGACGGUGGACCCGCGUGUGUUGGUGCUCUGUCCCACUCGGGAACUGGUGCAGCAAACGCGUGGCGUUUUUUCGCAACUGGCCGAUAAUGCCGUGCGUGUGAAGGGCGCCUUCGGUGGGCAGGAUCGAGAGCAGCAGUUGAAGUUCCUGCGGCGAUGGGGCGGGUGCGACGUCCUUAUUUCCACUCCAGGGCGUCUCUGCGACUUUGUGGAAGCCGGCACCGUGGGUCUUGGGAGGAUUGACUUUCUCAUCAUGGACGAGGCGGACCGCAUGUUGGAGCUGGGCUUUGCUCCGCAGUUGGAGUUCAUCAUGUCAAACGUCCGGAAGUUCAAGCGACCGCGGCAAACGACGAUGUGGACGGCGACGUGGAACGCCACUGUGGGUGGUUUGUCUGCGCGCUUUCUCAGGCCGGAACGCGUCUUUCUUGAGGUGGACCGCGAGCACAAGAUGAACACAGAUAUCACGCAGCAGUUGUACGCCCUGCAAGAUCCCUCACAGCGCAUUCACGCUCUCGUGCAGCUUUACGAGAAGGCUGUCAUCUCGAAGCGGCAACAAGUCCUUGUUUUUGUGAACCGCAAGGAGGAGGUUGAGAAACUUGCCGAGGAUCUUAGGACGGCGCUGCGGGCGCCACCAGAGUUAGUUGGGUGCAUGCAUGGGGGUAUGAAGCAGCGUCGACGUGAAAACAUCAUGAACAGUUUUAAGGAGGGCGGCAUUCGCAUCCUCUGCGCGACGGACGUUGCGGCGCGCGGUCUCGACGUUCCAGAGCUUGACCACGUCAUCAACUUUGAUCUGCCCGCGGACGCAGACGCGUACGUGCACCGCGUCGGCCGCACUGGACGCGCUGGCCGUCGCGGAAUGGCGCACACGUUUAUUUUUUCCGGAGACGGCCGUGCCCCGCUUAUUGCACGCUUCAUCGCAAAGCAGCAGGGCACUGCGUUGUCGGACGAGGUACUCGCAAUCAUUCGCGACGUUGAGCUCCACGGGGGAGUGGCGGCGGGGCGUCAAAAGUAUAAAAGUCACUCCCGCGUUGCUGGCAAGGACUGGCGCGGGCCGACUGGCGCAACGUCCGUUAUGGCAGAAGACAGUCGAUAUGUGCGUGGCUUUGGUCACGUCACGACACUCAGGCGGCCCACUCAGCGCAAGGAGAAUUAG